AUGGGUUUCGGAAACGACGAGCUAACAUUGGCAUUCACGUUGCUAGAUGCCUUUCUUCUCGAUGACAAUUUUAUGGAACCCUUGUUCAAAGCAAGGAAGGAUGCAGGUGACAUGAGCGAAAUCGAAAACCGUACAAUGCGAGCGGCGAUCGGAUCAAAAAAAAUAGAAUCAAAGAUACUACUGGAGCUUUUAUCAACCGAUAAGUUGUGUGCUGAAGUUGUGGUCAAACAUUGGAAGAGUAUGGUGGAGACAAUCACCUCCCACGACAAACGCUGCAUCUUCGACGACAUUGAAGAGUUUGUUAAAUAUCGAGUUAUUGACGCAGGUGUCCCCUGGUUUGAUACGCUGAUGCGAUUCGGUAUGGGCUUUGUCUUGUCUGAGGAGGAGGAGAAACGUGUGGGCCCUAUUGCCAGCCUAUGCUAUGCGGCGGCCGCUCUGGCUAACGACUUUUAUUCUUUUGAUGUUGAGUGGGAUACACUGCAGGGACAAAAGAAUUCAGAGCAACCCGCCACCAUGACGAAUAUUGUGUGGCUCUACAUGCAACGGGAUAAUCUCUCUGCACAUGAUGCGAAGGAACGGGCUCGCCAAGUCAUUCGCGGCUACGAAAAGAAAUUUCUGCAGGAAAUGCAUGCCUUCAUCGCAAAUGAAGAGAUCUGUUCUCCCAAGCUACGAAUUUACUUAACAGCAUUGGCACUUUUCAUCCCAGGGAACGUUACUUGGAGUAUGAGUUGUCCUCGGUACAAUCCGGAGCUUUGCACCGAGGCAGAGGCUUUGCUGCAAAGUGAUGCCAAACCAAGCUAUUCGAGCAUCACGAGAAGCCUUGACUCGUGUCUAAGAGUCUAA